CACACCCGCUCAUUGACAGUGACUUAGAGAUUGAUUAAGUUUUCCUGAUAUCAGCUUCAGACUGUUGUGCUCACAAAAAAACAAUCAAGUCCAAAAAUAAAUGUGUCGCUAUAAUGUCAUUAUCGUGAAUCGAAGCGGUAAAAGUUCACAUUUCGAUCGGACUGAUGGUUUGUAAACUGACUGUAUUUCAGCAUUUUUGCAAGCCAACUAGAGAAACUAUUGUUUGUGCGCUACCAAGGGGGUUUUUGCACUCGGGCCUUCCAAGCUAGCCCACGGUCAGGAAAGGCUUGCUAGCUACAAUCCAAUUUGCCUCUGCGAAUUUAUGAGUAACGUUCGCUAGCUUUUUACUUGUAUGUGGUAAAUAAGAUGGAUACAGACAAGUUUAACUAUGUCUACAGUUGUGACUUGGACAUUAAUGUUCAACUAAAAAUAGGCAGUUUGGAGGGCAAGCGGGAGCAGAAGAGCUACAAGGCCCUGCUGCAGGAUCCAAUGUUGCGGUUCUCUGGCCUCUACCAGGAGAACUGCUCAGACCUCUAUGUUACCUGUCAGGUGUUCGCAGAGGGCAAGCCCCUGGCGCUCCCCGUGCGCACCUCCUACAAGGCCUUCAGUACACGCUGGAACUGGAAUGAGUGGCUGAAGCUGCCAGUGAAGUACCCAGACCUGCCCCAGAGUGCCCAGGUGGCCCUUACUGUGUGGGAUGUGUACGGACCGGGCCGAGCCACCCCUGUGGGGGGAACCACCGUCACCCUCUUCGGCAAAUAUGGGAUGUUCCGGCAGGGCAUGCAUGACCUGAAGGUGUGGCCGGGGGUGGAGGGGGACGGAGGGGAGCCCACCAGCACCCCAGGGAGGACCAGCAGCAGUCUGGCAGAGGACCAGAUGGGGCGACUGGCCAAGGCCCCUGACCUGGAGUUUCUCAGUGAUCUGACCAAGGCCCACCGGCAGGGUCACAUGGUGAAGGUAGACUGGUUGGACCGCCUGACCUUCAGAGAGAUAGAGAUGAUCAAUGAGAGUGAGAAGCGUAGCUCCAACUUCAUGUAUCUUAUGGUGGAGUUUCCUCGUGUCAAAACUGGAGAAAAGCCAGAGUACAGUAUUGUCUAUUAUGAGAAGGAUGGAGAUGACGCCUCACCGGUGCUCACCAGCGCUGACAUCGUUAAAGUCCCUGACCCUCAGAUGUGCAUGGAGAACCUUGUGGAGAGCAAGCACCAUAAAUUGGCCCGUAGCCUUCGGAGUGGCCCGUCGGACCACGACCUGAAGCCCAACGCUGCCACACGAGAUCAGCUCAACGUCAUAGUGAAUUACCCUCCGACCAAGCAGCUGAGCUCAGAGGAACAGGACCUGGUGUGGAAGUUCCGUUACUACCUCACCACUCAGGAGAAGGCACUGACCAAGUUCCUAAAGUGUGUGAACUGGGCGCUGCCCGGGGAGGCUAAGCAGGCUCUGGAGCUGCUCGGGAAGUGGAGGCCCAUGGAUGUAGAGGACUCCCUAGAGCUGCUCUCCUCCCAGUUCACCAACCCCACCGUGCGACGCUACGCUGUGACCAGGCUGCAGCAGGCCGACGACGAGGACCUGCUGAUGUACCUUCUCCAGCUGGUCCAGGCUCUGAAAUAUGAGAACUUCAACGACAUCCAGUGUGGGCUGGAGCCAGGAGGCAAGCGGGACAGCCAGGGCCUGGCAGAGAGCUCCACCCUGGGGGACCUAGACAGUUCCCAGAUCUUGACUGCUCCAGCAGUGCCCCCACCUGUCCCGAAUGGAAAGGAAGGGGCGGACAGUGAGAAUCCCGAGGUAAAAAGUGUCCAGGAGAAGGGAAAGGACAGAAGUUUGUCUGAAGAGAGAGGUAGUAAUGUUUGUUCUGUGUUUCUACAGCAGGACCUGUGUACCUUCCUCAUCUCCCGUGCCUGUAAGAACUCAACACUGGCCAACUACCUGUACUGGUAUGUAAUAGUGGAGUGUGAGGACCAAGACACCCAGCAGAGAGACCUUAAAACCCACAAGAUGUACCUCAACGUCAUUGGGAGGUUUAGCCAAGCACUGCUCAAGGGUGAUAAGAGUGUGAGGGUGAUGCGGUCUCUCCUGGCAUCCCAACAGACGUUUGUGGACAGGCUGGUGCAGCUGAUGAAGGCCGUGCAGAGAGAGAGCGGCAACCGCAAGAAGAAGACGGAGCGACUGCAGGCUCUGCUGGCGGACAACGAGAAGGUGAACCUGUGUGAGAUUGACCCCAUCCCGCUACCUCUGGAACCCUCGGUCAGAAUCCGAGGCAUCGUACCAGACACCGCCACGCUCUUCAAGAGCGCCCUGAUGCCAGCCAAGCUGAUCUUCAAGGCGGAGGAUGGGGCGAUGUACCCUGUCAUCUUUAAACACGGAGACGACCUGAGACAAGACCAGCUCAUCCUACAGAUCAUCUCUCUCAUGGACAAGUUGCUCAGGAAAGAGAACCUGGACCUGAAGUUGACUCCUUACAAAGUGCUGGCCACAAGCACCAAGCAUGGGUUCAUGCAAUUUGUCCAGUCAGUGCCUGUGGCUGAGGUCCUGGCCACUGAAGGAAACAUCCAGAGUUUUUUCAGAAAACACGCCCCCAGUGAAAAGGGGCCCUAUGGCAUCAGCCCUGAGGUGAUGGACACCUACGUCAAGAGCUGUGCUGGUUACUGUGUCAUCACAUACAUCCUGGGUGUAGGAGACAGACACUUGGACAACCUGCUCCUCACAAAGACUGGAAAGUUGUUCCACAUAGACUUUGGCUACAUCCUGGGUCGUGACCCCAAGCCCCUGCCUCCUCCUAUGAAGCUGAGUAAGGAGAUGGUGGAGGGGAUGGGCGGCAUGCAGAGUGAACAGUACCAGGAGUUCAGGAAACAGUGUUACACAGCCUUCCUACACCUCAGAAGGUACUCUAACCUCAUACUAAAUCUGUUCUCUCUCAUGGUGGACGCCAACAUUCCCGACAUCGCCCUGGAGCCUGACAAGACUGUUAAGAAGGUGCAGGACAAGUUCAGAUUGGACCUGUCGGACGAGGAGGCGGUGCAUUACAUGCAGAGUCUGAUUGAUGAGAGUGUGGGAGCUCUGUUUGCUGCCGUGGUGGAGCAGAUACACAAGUUUGCCCAGUACUGGCGCAGAUGAGAAGGACAGAAAGAUCAUCUGAACGAUGGAUGGCUGGACAGACAGGAGGGGUUGUAUCCAUAGUAACACCCGGUCCCCCGACACUCCCCCGCCCUUGUGUGUGAGAGCGAUUGAGAUGAUCCAUCCAGGACAACCUCUACUGCAAAAACAAAACAAUGACUGUGUUUUCAUUUUGUAUAUAUUAUAUAUAGAUAUAAAACUAAUGGCCAAAUAAAAACCAUGUUGAUACAGUACAA